UCCUCUGCAGCGUGCCUUGUAUGCACGGUGUAUAACUUCAACACUCCGACACACACUUUCACAGUGCGAUCUGGACUCUACAUUGAACAGAUUAUCGGACCGGUAUCGUUAAUCAUGGAUUUGAAAUACUUUGCGGUUAUGGUUGUGCUCGCUGUGGCGACAUACGCUCCUUUCUCACAAGCUAAACCAAUCAGUCUGGUGGAGAGGUGUUGGUGUCGUUCUACAGUUAACACCGUCCCCCAGCGUAACAUCCGAGAACUGAAGUUCCUACACACACCCAACUGCCCCUUCCAAGUGAUUGCCAAGCUGAAGAACCACAAGGAGGUUUGUAUCAAUCCCGAGACCAAGUGGCUGCAGCAGUACCUGAAGAAUGCCCUCAACAAGAUGAAGACAUCCAAGCAGACCAACUAGAGAGCCUGCAGGAAGACCUACCAACAGACAUGUAACAUGAGACGUGUAGGUUGUAAUAUGUAACAUGUACUCUCCCGUCACGCACGCUGAACAGCACUUAUCCUGUCCAUCGCGGAACCAUCCAACCCACGGCUUUCCAAAACCACCACCUCUGUUACCAUCACCACUUAUAGACUCCACCCCUGCUAGUGCCAAGUGCAAUUAUAUCUGUGUGAGUGUAUGUUUUUAUCAAUUAUGUAUAUACCAUUUUUUUAAUCCUAUUUCAUCAGUAAAUAGCCAUUUUUUGUUGCUGUUUUGGCCACCGGCUUCUCUGUCAUUCAGGAGUAAGGACUGGGCUUAAAGUACGCAUUGAUGGGGCUGAGAUGGAGAGAGAGGGAGGAUUCAUAACAGGAUUCAAGCCUCACAAUCCAACUCUAUCAGCUUGUCCUGGGGAGUGUACAAGGUUCAACAGGUCAUUCUGGGAAAGAUCUAAGGGGCAUGGAGGUGUUCACACAUGCAUGGCAGAGCCACUAGAACGUACAAUGGCUCAAUCCCUUAGCCCCCCCCCUCGUUUUUGAGUGUCCGUCUGUGGGGGAGUGGCACUCAAAAAUGGAGCAACUAGUGGUAGGGAGAGCUAUAAUAACACUUGGGAAUGGGACAUCGCUACAUCACUUGCGCACAUCAGAAACGGCCACGGACACCACGCAAUUAAUUGACGAUGAACCUUGUGUUUUUCAGAAUGCCUAUACUGGCUGCAGUAAUAACUUUCCUUAUAUUUCUCAUGCAACAAAUAUGUGCUUACCAUAUGAACAUCAAAUGAGAACAGCAGAACAACAAUGGACCCGUAAUGUACCCAUCCUCUGGCUGCGGUUCAAUGUGGAGUAGUACAGAAGCAGGACUUUUAUUCCAUAGCGGUUUAACCGUCACAUUUCAUUCAGUCAUUACCAGUGAAGGCACUUUAGCUAGAACAAUUAAAACUACUGUUCUGAACUAAUAUUUAUACCAAACGUUUUCAGGGUCAGUACACAGAUCGGCUACAUAGCUACACAUCCAUAGCAUACAGGUAUUUUUAUCCUCCACUACACAAUAAGGAAGAAAAGAGUUAGCUAGGGUUAGCAGGGGUUGGAACCAAAAUUAUUUUCUAAUCUCUUCGUUCUGAACCACCAUUCUUUUUUGUUUCUUUCCACUGUUCCGAAUGGAAAAAACAAAGUUCUGAACCGGUUUGAUGUCACGUUCGUUAUAAGAAUCGGACAAAGGCGUAGCGUGGUAUGCGUACAUUCUUAUUUACUAAAAAGAAUUAACACUGAACAAAAUAACAAAACGAAACGUGAAGCUAUACAAACGAGUGCUGACAGGCAACUAUACAUAGAGAAGAUCCCAAAAACACCAAAGGGAAAUGGCUGCCUAAAUAUGAUCUCCAAUCAGAGACAACAAUAAUACCAUAGACAUACAAAUCACCUAGACCGAGAAAAACCCUAGACAUACAAAACCCCCUAGACAAGACAAAAACUAGCGUACCCACCCCAAUCACACCCGGACCUAACCAAAAUAUAAAGAAUACAGAUAUCUCAGGUCAGGGCGUGACAGGACCCCCGCCAAAGGUGCUGACUCCCGGCCGCAAACCUGAACCUAUAGGGAGGGUCCGGGUGGGAAUCUACCCUCGGUGGCGGCUCCGGUUCUGGACGCAGCCCCCCCUCUUUAUGCUGAUUCCUCCGCCUUUGUAGAACCGGACCGUGGAUCAUCGCCAGAGGCUCUGGACUGCGGAUCAUCGCCGGAGGCCCCAGACUGGGGACCGUCGCCGGAGACCCCGGACUGGGGACCGUCGUUGGAGGUUCCGGACUGUGAAACGUCGCCGGAAGCUCCGGACUGGGAACUGUCGCCGGAAGCUCUGGACUGGGAACUGUCGCCGGAAGCUCUGGACUGGGAACUGUCGCCGGAAGCUCUGGACUGGGAACUGUUUCCGGAAGCUCUGGACUGGAAACUGUCGCCGGAAGCUCUGGACUGGAAACUGUCGCCGGAAGCUCUGGACGGGGAACUGUCGCCGGAAGUUCUGGACUGUGGAGGCACACUGGAGACCUGAUACGUGGUGCUGGCACUGGUGGUACCGGGCUGAAGACACAUCUCAGGACACAGGAGGUUCUGGACUGUGGAGGCGCACUGGAGGCCUGGUGCGUGGGACCGGUACAGGUGGCACCGGGCUGAAGACACGCACCUCAGGGCAUUUUGCGGGGAGGAGGCACAGGACCUACUGGACUCUGGAGGCGCACUGGGGGUCUGUUGCGUGGUGCCGGCACUGGUGGUACCGGGCUGAUGACACGCACCUCAGCGCGAGUCCGGGUAGCAGGCACAGGACGUACUGGACUAUGGAGGCGCACUGGAGAUCUGGAGCGUAGAGCUGGCACAAUGCAUCCUGGCUGGAUGCUCAAUUGAGCCCGGCAAGUGCGGGGCGCUAGCACAGGACGCACUGGGCUAUGCAGACGCACCAGAGACACAGUACGUAGAGCCGGCACAGGAUAUCCUGGUCCAAGGAGGUGUACUGGAGACCAGGAGCACUGGGCCGGCACCAUCUGUCCUGACUGGAUGACCAUUCUAGCCCGGCAAAUGCGAGGAGCUGGAAUAGAGCGCACCGGGCUAUGAAUGCGAACUGGAGACACCGUGCGCAUAACUGCGUAACACGGUCUCUGACCAGUCACACGCUCCCCAUGGUAAGCAUGAGGAGUUGGCUCAGGUCUCCAACCUGACUCAGCCAACCUCCCUGUGUGCCACCCCCAAAAAAAUCUUAUGGGGCUGCCUCUUGUGCCUGUCUCGUUGGUACAACUCCUCGUAACAUCGCCGUUCCGCUUUCGCUGCCUCUAUCUCCUCCUUAGGACGGCGAUACUCCCCAGCCUACGUCCAGGUUCCUGCUCCACCCAGAAUCUCCUCCCAGGUCCAUUCCUCCUGACCACGCUGCUUGGUCCAUUUUUGGUGGGAUCUUCUGUCACGUUCGUUAUCGGACCAUGGCACAGCGUGGUAUGCGUACAUUCUUAUUUAUUAAAAAGAAUGAACACUGAACAAAUAAACAAAAUAACAAAAUGAAACGUGACGCUAUACAAAAAAGUGCUGACAGGCAACUACACAAAGACAAGAUCCCAAAAACAUGCCUAACUAAAUAUGAUCCCCAAUCAGAGACAACGAUAAACAGCUGCCUCUGAUUGGGAACCAUAUCAGGCCACCAUAGACAUACAAAUCACCUAGACCUACAAAAACCCUAGACAUACAAAAAAAACUAGACAAUACAAAAACUAGCGUACCCACCCUAGUCACACCCUGACUAACCAAAAUAUAAAGAAAACAGAGAUAUCUCAGGUCAGGGCGUGACAUUUGAACCAAAAUAAAGGACCGAUUUAUAUUGUUCCUUUCUGUUCAUUUUUUAACCGGUGAAAUCAACAUAAAAAAAAAACAUUUAAUCAAUCAAUCAAAUGUAUUUAAAAAUCCUUUUUUACAUCAGCAGAUGUCACAAAGUGCUUAUACAGAAAUCCAGCCUAAAACCCCAAACAGCAAGCAAUGCAGAUGUUGUAGCACGGUGGCCAGGAAAAACUCCCUAGAAAGGCAGGAACCUAGGAAGGAACCUAGAGAGGAACCAGGCUCUGAAGGGUGGCCAGUCCUCUUCUGGCUGUGUCGGGUGGAGAUUAUAUGAGUACAUGGUCAUUAAGGCCAGAUGGUUCUUCAAGAUGUUCAAAUGUUCAUAGAUGACCAGUAGGGUCAAAUAAUCACCAAUCAGUGCGGAUAGAGCAGGUAAGCUAGUUGUUUACAUGCAUGAUGGACAGACAAGUGUCGCCUAAGGUGCAAAAUGCGACUGAAAUUUUGCUGGUGGGGAGAGAGGGUUGAGGAGGAGGCUUGAAGCGCGGGGAAUCUUGCUAUGACAUUAUCUAUAACUAGGCAUAGAGUAUCCUUAACUAGCAUUGAAAAAGUUUACCAAUUCUCUAGCUAAUUAAAAAUCUAUCUCCCUAUCUUGUGAAUCAAGCUUGUAAUGUCAGUGCAGUAGCCUAUGCUUGGGUGGGGUGAGUGGCAGGUAGCCCAAGCAUACACAAUCAAAUAUUUUUGGCUUGCUGGCAGACACUGAAAAUAAGUGAAAGAGAGAGGGCUUUGCAUAGGCACUCUGUUGUGGGACUAGAAAAAAUGCUUGGAACGUAAAUAACGUUUAUUAACCAGUUCCAAUGCUUUUAAAAUAAUGUUUCUGUUUCGGAACAUAUGGAUCACUUUCGUUCCAGGUUUCGUUUAUGAAUCUUGAUUAUUUUUUUCCCACUUUUCAGUUCCCUGAACCGGUUCCAAGCCCUGCUGCUACGUUACCUGCAUUGGCAAAUAUCUCCAAUCUCUAACGUUAACGUUACGUUACUACAAUAAAGUGACUGGCUUUGAAAUAUUUUUUAAUAAAGGCAAAAUUACAAAAAUUCUACAUUCAAUUUGCAGCAAGUUAGCCAAGUUAGUUAGUUAUCAAGUUAGAUUCUUUACAUCAGCUGGAUUUCUCAAGAUGACUGGCUGGAUUGUUCAGGAUUCCCUAAAACAUUAAACAACACAAAUUACAAUUCAUACAAAUGUCAAAUGCCCAUAUAGCAAACUAAAUGUUUAGCUAGUUGGAUAAUGUUAGCUAGUCAGCUAGAUAGCUUGUUAAUAAGUAGGUUUUCGUGAAUUAACUUUGACUUAAAAUAUGCAUAAUCACUUGUCUCUAGAUUAACUAACAUAUUUCUCUGAACUGUACAUUUUUUGCACGAUUGAGUAUGAAGUAAUCAUGCAUCUCAAUUUCCUUUGUUUGGAGGUUCAACUAUAUAUUUUUUAUUUAACUAGGCAAGUCAGUUGAGAACACAUUCUUAUUUAAAAUGACAGCCUACCGGGGAACAGUUACCUGUCUUGUUCAGGGGAAAAACAACAGAUUUCUACCUUGUCAGCUCAGAAAUUUGAUCCAGCAACCUUUCGGUUAUUGGCCCACCACUCUUACCACUAGGCUGCCACCCCAAACUAGAGCGCUGAAAAGGCACUACCACUCCCUUAAAGUUGAAGUGGGACAGCACUGCGACUCGAUGAGGAUCGAGGAAUUGCACAAAAUGGAGGGGGAGGGCUAUAGGGGGUAUUGGGAUUGAGCCUAUGUCUGCCUAUGUUUACACACAGGAGUGAUUGGACAUCCAGAUCUAGUACCCAAUCAACCAAUACUUUUUGUUUGGUAUCCAGCCAUGUUGCAUGUUGAAGUAUUUUAUAUAAACAGUCUUAAUGUGAAAAAUAGUCUUGAUGUUAUUUUCCGAGCAGCUUCAGAAGAGACACAGAUAUACAAAGUUUGCCGAAGUUCAUUGGAGAUUUAGAAUUUCAGUCAGUGACACAUUGGCACUAAAAGUUCCAAGAUAAUUACUCUCUAGUUAGAAUUAUAAUUACAAUGUUGUUGUCAUGUUUGGUGCCAACAGUUGGUUGAUAACUGUGGAACUGUGACUGGUAGUGAGACCAUGCAUGACCCCGUCACUGCAUGUGUGUGUUUGUUUGUGUGUGGGUGUAUGUAUGUGAACGUGUGGGCUGUUUUAGCUGUUAGGGGAACACGGUCAAUGAGCGAUAAUGUGGAAUGAUAUGCUGCUUUUGCAUUUCCGAUCUCUCUGAAAAUUCUAGAACAUCUGGAGUCAGAACUCUGCUAAUUGAGCGACCAAUGAGAGGGUAGUGGUCCGUAGCUCCGUCACAGUUCUGGAAACAUCAAAGGAACAGUAUGUCCAGAUUUUAUUAAAGGAACAGUUAACCCAGAUUGUUAAAAUAACAGUACUUACAAAUUUUAUUAAAGGGAUAGCUCACCCAGAUUACUUAAAAGGGAUAGUUCACUCAGAUGACUAAUAACUUUGUAGUUCAGGUUUCCCUUUAAUUCUGACAUUGACCAGAGUACAUUACUGUAUGAAAAUCUCAAACACAUGCAGUGGGUUAACCAAAUCAUGUUUGUUGUCAGCCAGACUACCAUGUAAAUGUUUCAUGAAACAUUAUGGAAUUUAUAAAGUAUCAUAUUUAGCAAACCACACACUAUGAAAAUCAAUGUUAUAGUAAUAUAGAGAAAGUCAUAAUCUCAUCAACAGUUGUAGUGUGAUAGUAUUAGUAGCAGUAUAGUAAUAGUAGAAGUAGUGCAGGGGGGGGACUCUUUUUAAUUGGGGGGGACUCAGUUGGGGUCUCAACUCACUGUAUACUUCGAAAUUUGUGCAUUAACAGUCACUCAGUUGUGUCAGCGAUUUAUUUUAUUUUAUUUUAUUAUUGCUAAGUUAGUAUGUCAGCCAGCUAUCUAAACUUGUAGUAAGCACGGUCGUAUUACAGACCAGGGUGGGGCCCAUUGAUCAUCAGUUAUCAUACUAAAAACAGCAAACCCUUUUGCAGGAAAUUAGCUGUAAAUCUGUUAAUUCCUCUCUGCCCCACGGCUAAAUAAGUAGAAUUGCAUGAAAUGAGGGUAUGCAGACCCACUCAUUCCACUCAUUUACUCAUCCCCCCAUGAUGAGUAAAAACAAUGUGUGGCCCCCACCCCCAUCAAAGUUGCCCAUCCCCGAUCUAGUGGAAUACAGUGGCUUGGCUACCUAUUAAUGUCAUAUACUGUAUGUUAUUUUGGAUACCGAUGCACUUUAUGUCCAACAAAUUCAUUAAUUUUCAUUUACAUUUUAGUCAUUUAGCAGACACUCACAAAAUAAAAUAAAAAACAUCUUUAAACAAUUCAUUGACCAAUGCACCAUCAUACCAAGUCAUUUAAUGCUUGAAAAAAACUUGAUAAAUAAGAUAUUUGGCUACAGAAGUGCUAUUUCUUACCGAUCUCUACAGCUUCCAUCCAAAAACAAAUCGUGUGAAAUUGCGUCAACACAUACUGGAGAAGUUACUGGCUAGCUACAGAGGCUAGCGUAGCUAACAAACUAGCUAUGUUGGUCAUCGCGCAUGACCAGAAUGAUCCACCAAAGGCACACCCCAUUUCUGUUUUAAAAUGGAGAAAGGGAUGGAGUUGGAAUGGUUUUUGUGCCCAAAGUCGACCUAUAAGAUAGCUGGGUGACACAACCACAUAUCACAGUCAUAGCAACAACAACAAAAAAUCCCUCAAUAAAGUAGUUAGCAACAAUACAUAACUUUAGAAUGUGAUAAUGAGAACAAGAAUAGGAUCCACAUUAGUCAACUGUUGUUUUUGCACUUUUUUACUUGACAUUUUUUGGUACUUUUAAUGUACUUUUUCAUAUAAAUAAUCUUAAGCAUGAGAUACAUCACAUUUUCAUUUUGAACCUUUAUUUUUCCAUAGGUUAAAGAUGUACUCUUUUAUAUGUCAAACACACACCGUUCUUAUGAAGGAGCUAGAUGUAACAUUGUUUCAAUGUUAAACUGUAUAUUGUUGAGUUAAACGUAGUCUUUUAACCAUGAAUAAAAGGUAUUCAUUUA